AGUGUUGAAACAAUAAUUAAUUUUGAUUGUUGGGACCUUGGAUUUGAGGCAAGCAGGCCUGGAAAGUCUCAAUCCAAUACUUCAUGUUUUUAUGGUUGCACCAUCAAAUGCAUAUAUGUAUUUUGGAUGUCUAGUGCAUCUUUUUAUACACAUUUCCCCAAAAUUCAGCUCAACCAUUUGUUUGUAACGAUUACCCCACCAGGGUUAAAGGUCCAGUGUGUAGGGUGAAGGGGAUAUACUGAUAAAUAUGGCAUAUCAUAUUCCUAACUAUGUUUUAAUUAGUUUAUAACCACCUAAAAGUGAGAAUCGCUGUGUUUUUGUUACCUUAGAAUGAGCUGUUUAUGUCUACAUGAGUGAGUCCUCUUGCAUGGAGUCCACAAUGUUGCUCUACUGUAGCCCAGAGCGGACAAAUCAAAUACUGCCACUAGAUGGAGGCAGGGUUGGAAGUUAGCACCAGCCUCCAGCCACAUGCUGGUAAAGUAUUCAAGUGGCUGUUAGAUUUGCUUCAUCCACCAGCCAAAAUACCCAGUGGUAAUCUAUUAAGUGGCUGGUAGCUUUUGGAAACCCCAGCCACAAAAAGGUAUUUUCCAACACUGGCUGGGAGCCAUCCACGUUUUCGCAUCGGCCAUUGUAGUUCUCCUACACGCUUGGCUCAAGGGAGGAGUUUCAAUUUUGCAACCUCGCCACUGAAUCUGACACACUGGACCUUUUAAUGGGUUAAAAACAUCAUUUGCAAAUCAGUCAUACAUCACUAGGUCUUCUAGAGCAAGGGUCUUCAAUGUUGUUUCAAUGUCAGGAGGACCCCUUAGCUGAAACACAGACAUCACAGGGAACCCCAACACAUACAUUGUACAAAACUGAGUUGCAUAUUGAGCCUGCAAUAAUGUGUAGGGCAGCCUAUGUGUCAUGUUUAGACCUGCCUUUUUAUGGUGCAUAUCAUACUAAGAUAUUAAAGUAACAAUUAUUGACAGAUUAAUGUAUUUAUACACCAUAUAAGUUGAGUUGUAUCUAGAGCCCCCCUGUUGAAGACGUAGAGUCUAGAGCAUGUUGAAGAGCUAACGUAUAUGAGGAGGCUGAGAAUCUCUUGAGCUUUUAGCCUUUUAACUGAAGAAUAAGAAAGUAUUUUGGAUUUGUUUAUCCAGAGUCAGUAUUCAUUAAAACAUGUUUCAGACUCUGAAAGCUCUAGUUCUGUAUUUAGGGGUUAAAACAAUCUGAAAGCUCUCAUGUUACUUGUUCAUUUUAACUUCAUGGAGAAAUAUAAGCAGUGUAGCUCGAGUCAAACACUGUGAAUCAGUAGAACUCAACUCCCAGGCGAUAGAGCUGCUUAAAAUUAUCCCUUGUAUGUAUCACAUGGCAUUGUGCGUUUCUUUGAGCAGAGGGUGACUCAUUCAUUCAGACUGCACACCCAUUACAGUGGGAGAGAGACAGAGCAGGAGCGAAAGAGGAACAGCCAUCUAACAAGUGCCAAACUUGAGGCCAACCUCUCUCCUCUCCUCCCAUCUCAUUCUUUCCUAUAUGGGCACCCACAGAUGGACUUGCAGACAGCACAGUAACAGACUGAACAGUGCUGGAGAACUAGGAGGGACUCUCUGAUCGCAAGAUAACCAAGAAAAUUAACAGACAAGUCUACGAAUAUCCUCGCAGCAGAGUUUUCUCUUCAUCAGACCAGCUUUAAAAAGAUAGAAGUGCAAUGGCGACACCAAAAAACACUCCCCGAGGUGCCAACACCCCUCUAUCCCCCAACCGCAUCACCCGUCUCCAGGAGAAGGAGGAUCUGUCUAACCUCAACGACCGUCUGGCCAUCUACAUCGACAAGGUGCGCUCUCUGGAGACUGAGAACGCCGGCUUGCGUCUGCGCAUCACUGAGUCAGAGACAGAGGUCAGCCGGGAGCUGACGGGCCUGAAAGCUGCUUACGAGACCGAGCUGGCCGAUGCCCGUCAGACUCUGGAUUCUGUGGCCAAGGAGCGAGCACGUCUGCAGCUGGAGCUGGGAAAGCUGCGAGAGGACUACAAGGAGCUGAAAGCAAGGAACACCAAGAAGGAGGCAGAGUUGGCUGCAGCACUGCAGAGGCUCAAAGACCUGGAGGCUCUGCUGAACUCAAAAGAUGCGUCCUUGACGACAGCUCUAGGAGAGAAGCGUAACCUUGAGGUGGAAAACAGGGACCUAAAGGCACAGGUUGCCAAGCUGGACACCAGUUUGGCUGAUGCCAAGAAGCAGCUGCAGGAUGAGAUGCUGAGGAGGGUGGACGGAGAGAAUCGCAUCCAGACCCUGAAAGAGGAGCUGGACUUUCAGAAGAACCUCCACUCUGAGGAACUGCGGGAGACAAAGCGACGUCAUGAGUCUCGUAUGGUUGAGUUGGACAACGGCCACCAGCAGGACUUUGAAAGCAAGUUGGCUGAGGCGCUGAUGGACAUGCGCAGCCAGCACGAGCUGCAGUUUAAAAUGUACAAAGAUGAGAUUGAGAAGACCUACAAUUCCAAGCUGGAAAAUGCUCGUCAGUCAGCGGACAGGAGCAGUCACCUGGUUGGAGCAGCACACGAGGAACUCCAGCAGACAAGAAUUCGCUUGGAGUCCACGUCUGCUCAGCUCAGCCAGCUGCAGAAACAGCUGGCAGCCCGUGAGGCGAAGUUAAGGGAACUGGAGGACGCCCUGUCUCGGGAGAGGGACACCACCCGUCGCCUGCUGGGAGAGAAAGACAGAGAGAUGGCCGAGAUGAGGCAGCAAAUGCAGCAGCAGCUGGAUGAGUACCAGGAGCUCCUGGAUGUCAAGCUGGCUCUGGAUAUGGAGAUAUGCGCAUACAGGAAGCUGCUGGAGGGAGAGGAGCAGAGGCUGCGUCUCUCCCCCAGCCCCCCGCCCACCAAAGUGACAGGAAGUCGUUCCUCUACUUCAGGAGCUCACUCUAGAUCGGUCCACCACUACAGUGCUCACAGCUCUCCUGUCAAGAGGCGCCGCCCCAACGACACUGACAGUGAGGCCUCGAGCAUCGCAGGUGGAGCUGUGUCCCGCACUCGCAUCAGCCAGCAGGCCUCAGCCAGCGGACGGGUCACUGUGGACGAGGUGGACCUGGAUGGGAAAUAUGUCAGACUCAGCAACAAAUCAGAUGAGGAUCAGAAUUUGGGGAACUGGCAGGUGAAGCGACACGUGGGAUCUGGUGUUCCGAUCAUCUUCAAGUUUCCAGUAAAAUUCACCUUGAAGGCUGGCCAGAGGGUCACGAUCUGGGCCUCUGGCGCUGGGGGCACCCACAAUCCUCCCUCUGACCUGGUGUGGAAGACUCAGCCCUCUUGGGGCACCGGAGACCUGUUCCAGACCACCCUGAUCAGCGCCAAUGGAGAGGAAAUGGCCAUGAGGAAGGUCACCCGCACACAGUUUGAAGAUGAAGAUGAUGACAUGCAGGUGGCUCACAGCACCUGUGGAGACAGUGAGUACAACCUGCGGAGCCGGACGGUGGUCUGCGGCUCUUGUGGACUUCCUUCAGACAAAUCCAGCAACUGCUCUGUGACCUCAGCCUCCCGCUCAUUCCGCAGCGGAGGAAUUUCCGAGGGUUUACUGCCACACUCCUACGUGUUCAGCACCAGCACUCCUCGCAAGACUGGAGUCAGACUUGAGAGCUGUCCAAUCAUGUGAGCCCCUGGAUCCACGCUGAAACACUUCAACUCUAUUAGUUUUCAGUUAUUAGUUCUGUAGUUACCAGUUGUAGUUAUCAAGUUCAGUUCAUGUACUUUGGAAUAAUGUUCAAGAUAUUAUAUGCAAUAAAACUUUAUACUGCUUUUUUAUAAUGUACAUAGGCAUGCUUAUGGAAUAUUUUCUUAAAUUUCAAUGAUGAUUAAAAGAGUCACUUUUGGUUGUAUUUGUGACAUUAAGGAUUGGAAAUAUCUACCAGCCUUCCACUGAGCAUACAGUAAGAAUCUACUAACUCCUUUAAUGCCUUAAAACGACUGUCUGGGCCAAUUUAUUCUGAAAGCCUUGUUUACUGGUAAAACAAGAAUUUAUUGCUGGUAGAUAAAAUCAUAUUUUCUUGUGCUGUUAAAUCAGAUUUUUAUUUAACCCCGUAAACAUACUGAUGCAGCAGGGUUGCAGUAAAGUCAUUUGUGUUCACUUAUUUUGAAUAAAAGUUUCUUCUGGAGUUAGAAUAAAUUGACCCCAACCUUGCUACAGCUCUACAGAAUAUUUUGUAUUUUUGCUAAUAUCAAUAAACUUUUCUUUUUUCCAGAAUGUGUCUUGUUCAACAACACUGAUGUGAUAACUAUUUAAGUACAUGCAGUAUUUGUUCUGUUUUACCAUAGUGUAUAAAUUUUAUAAUAGGCAGGCUAUUGUAAUUGUGGAGUUAAAUCUAUUUGACCAACUGAUUGUAGCUCUCUGACUGUGAUUAAUUUACUAUGGUCUUUUAAAAAUUUGAGACAACAAAAAGAGAAUAUAUGAACAUUUCUGAACUGUAUGUUUAAAACAUCAACACAUUAAUACUCUUAUCAGUUAACAUUAACCUCUGGUAUCAUUUCAAUAGUUCGUUUUAUGAACUAAUUUAGUUUACAGCAUAUCAGAUUGAUAUUAUACUUCUUACUCCACUACAUGUCUGCCACUUAUUACAACUUUACAGUUUAAGAUUUUAGCAACUUUUAAAACUCUGCACACAUGUUAAUUUAACAGUAAUGAAUAUCAAAAUUAUUAGUAUAGCACUGAAUUUAACAUUAUGAGAGGGGAAAUCAGUUUUCAAUAUGUGCCUUUACUUUUUGUAUUUUAACUGUAUUUCUAGAAUGUAUUUUUACUUCAGGAAAAAGUGCUCAGGACUUUUAUCUCUGUACUUUGACUUUCUUUAUAGUGUCGCAUUUCUAUCUUUACUUAGGUAUGUAAAUACUUAUUCCAUCACUUUUAUGACUUUCAUGAUAAUAAUAAUAAAGUUACUCAAUAAA